CGAAAAUUUAUCUUAAUGAAGACCUAACUGAGAAAAAACGAACAUUGUUCAAAAAGAUCAAUUAAUAAUCCUACAAUGUCUAUUCAUUCUGAACUCUAAAUAUCUACCAUAAUAAAAACAGAGCCAUGCUUCUUACUCUUCCCUACAUGUACGCCACAAUUCUCCAAUGGUGGAGGCUGGGGGCUUUAAAAAAUAAGCUCACAGGCACACUAAACUCCAAUAAUGCCCUUCUAGUGUGCGACGAAUCCAUUAUUUUUGAUACUACACGAACUAGGAGCAUUGAAAAUUUACUUUUUAAACAGGAAAAUCGUAUUGCUGUUACUGUUGUCCCCAAACAAAGUAUAAAUUUAGGUUCCCAGUGGUUGUAUUUUCCAAAAGACUCUAGAUAUUUUCCGAUAUAUUUUAAACAAAAUAAAAUAAGCAUUUGUAGACCCCAUAUAUACAUUCUGGUGCAAGCCGUUCUGGAUAAUUACAAAAAGCAUCAAGCCGAAAUAUUAGCAAUCGAACAAUUUGGAGAAUUAGUAGCAUGGAAAAUCACCGAAAAUUUCGAAACCAUUUUGAGGAGCGAUAUGGACAAAUUGGUCCAAUUGGUGCAGUGUUUCUCUCAAAGAGAUUGCGAUAUGAACCAUGAACUUAAAUUGUUGAAAAUUGAAACAAUUGAGGUAGAUGGAUUUGCCAAAAGAAUAAUAUACGAAAGGCAAUUUUCAGCAGAAACUACACAAAAGUACUCAUUAACCUCGAUUCACUGGACAAAAUUCGUCUCGGAUGUGAGAGGUCUUUAUUCAAAAAUUAGAGACGCCACCAAUCCUAAAAUAACUAUUGAUAACGGCACUCCUAAGCCAGAAGACAUAAAAAUCGUCCCUGUUUCCGGAGAUAAACCAAUAGAAAAAGACAACAAGGCAGCUGAAGAGAAAAAUACUUUAGAAGUUAACUGUUCUAAUUAUAGGAAACACAGGAGCGCUGAACGUAGCAGGGAGCACAGAUCCAGCAGAGAGCAAAGAAAACAUAGAUCGAAAGACGAAACAGAUGCUUCUAGACACCAUAAAACUGACAGAGAGCAUAAAGAAGAAAAGACUGAGCAGUUUACUGAAGUGACUGAACACGAACCACAGCCAGGUACAAGCAAACAAGAUCUGGAAGCCACAAGUUUUGAAACAAAAUGUGACAUGAGCCAUAAGCAUAAAGAAAAACACAAACACAAAAGGUAUGAGGAUAAGGAAAAAAUAGCCAAAGAAGAAUCUCGAGAAUGCAGCUCUGUCGCUCACAAGUCAACAGAAAAACUCAGAAAAAGCAGCAGGACUUCCAGUAAAGAGAAAAAAUUGGUUAGAGCCACGGCCACCUGUGAUGAACCUACUGAAGCUGAAAUAGGUCAAGGCAAUAACGUUCAACCAGGAGUUGCUGAAGAAGAACUAAAAGUACCAGAUCAAAAUGGGCCAAAUUCAGAAAAAGCUGCAGAUGAAAUUAUUUCUCCUACAGAAUCCAAUGGAUGCAUUUUAGAUAGAAACCUAUUGAAAAAUGUUAAACCGCCUAAUAUUUUGGUUUAUGCUGAUAGCAUGGCAACUAAAGAUAAUGUCAAAGAUGUUUUGGGGACUAUUUUAAAUAGAGAAAAAUAUACAAUCUACGAUCUUCCAACUACGGGCCCUCUAACCUGGCGCGAAUCUACAGCCUUAGUGGUAGUUUGCGGCAACAUGGACCCAAAACUCACAACCAACUUAUUGAAUUAUUUGCUAAGCGGAGGUCAAUUACUGUGCUUGUGCAGUGACUUAUUAUACAGCGUUUUGCAUACAUUCACGACUGCAGAAGUCAGGGAGCACGAAUUAGUCCGUUUCAGUUACGGCAAGUGGCGCAACGUCAAAAUGAUGCAUCACAUAUUUUGCUAUCAGGCUUCGCCUGCCAAAAAACAAUUUUCUAAGGAUUCUGAUAAUGCUUCGAAUCAUAGUAGUGGCAAUGGGUCUAGCCCUAUAGCUCCUAGGACGCCAUCUACAGUUGAGAUUCAACACGGCGGGAAAGAGUAUACAGUGCAAGUGCAAGUUUUAGGUGCUGAGGAAACGUGGCAGACACCAAGUUUGUUGUUGGCUAGUGUUAAAGGGUCACAAGGGAGGGCAGUAUUUUCGCAGGUCCAUUUAGAAAUCGAUCCACAAGAAUACAUAGAUGACGAAUACAAGUUUGAAGCUCUGAAAGACAGCAACAAAGCUCGUCUCGACAUUCUCCAAGACAUUCUCUCCAACCACUUGGAAUUAGAUUGCACCAACCCUAACGCAAAUCCGGUCCUUACUCCUGCCUACUUUCUAGGCCGUCACGAUCAAAAGCUAAACAUGUUAAACGAAACUCAUUGCAUCAAAGAUAACGAAAUGACAGCAGGCGAUAUGCACAUACUGUUCUGUGGCAAAGACGACAGAUACGACGAUCCUAGUCGCACGUUUUUGCCUAUCCUAAUUCACACCUGUCCGCAAAAUUUUAACACCGUCAGCUACUUUGAAACAUUGGACACCAAGUAUAUUGGACGGCUAGUGGUUUACAGUGACGUGUUGACUUCUUCUCAAGCUCUGUUGCAGCAUAAUCAGUUGACGCACGGCGUUGCUGUGGUGUGUAGGCAACAGCUUGUGGGAGUAGGGAGGUCAAAAAACAAAUGGAUAAGUCCACCAGGCAGUGCCCCGUUCACCCUACAACUUCACAUCUCGACUAUUACAAAUUUAGGAAAAUCUCAGGGUUUGGUGCAACAUUUAAUUAUGGUGGCCGCUGUAAAAGCUGUAAGGAGACUGACUGGUAAUAAUAAGAAUAUCAAACUAGGAAUAAAAUGGCCUAAUGACUUAUACAUAGAUGGAUGCGUUAAAGUUGGUGGGGCAAUAGUUACUGGAACAACUUUAGGUGAAUUGUCUUCACUUAAUAUUGGUUGUGGUUUAAAUCUAUCCAAUUCCAACCCCACCACCUGUAUAAACGACGUCAUCAGGGACGUCAAUGCAAAAACCGGCAGCAACAUUCCUGAAAUUACCCACGAAAAAUAUUUUGCCCAAGUUUUUAAUGAGACUGAAAAACUGAUCAACCGAUUUCAACUUGGAGACGUGGAAUAUUUCUACGAAUAUUAUUACGAUUGUUGGUUACAUAAGGAUGCAGCUGUGACAAUUACCACUGCGGAAGGUAAAUUUGAAAGAGUCAAGAUAGUGGGCAUCGAUGAUCAAGGUUUUCUGAAAGUCAAAACGUCCAGAGGAACUUCGAAAUCUGUGCAGCCCGAUGGUAACUCGUUCGAUAUAAUGAAGGGCCUUAUUUCCAUUAAGAAUUUUUAAUGAUACCAAUAUUUUUGUACUUCCAUUUCAUGUUAACUGUUUUCUCGUUAUCGUUGUGAUACUUGUUUUUGAAAAUUUAUCUGUAUGCACUUGUUAUUCGAUUAAUUUUUUACAACUUUCGUUUUUAGUUUGUUUUUUAGUGUCAUGCAGUUAUGUCAUUUUUGUAUAUUUAAAUUUAAUGUGUUGUGGCAAUAUCCAAAAUAUGCUAUAGGUAUUAGUAAUAAUGUAUAAAUAUAUCAAUUAUUUGUGUUUAAUUAUACAGGGUGAAUUACACAUUUUCUGAAAAGCAUGUCCACGGAACAACAUUCCAAAUGUGUGUUGUGUUAUAAUAAUAAUGUCAGUGCUGUUUCAUAAAUAAUUUGAAAUUUCUAGAAUACUUUAUUCGCAAACGUUGUUGCAUUUAGAUUUCAAAUAAAGCAUGUGGUUUUGUAAUUGACUUUUAAUCUUGUUUCUUAAUAAGAAAAUGUUUAACUUCAACUAAAUCUCAACAUCGGAAUUAUUUUUAAUCCAUUCUUUGAAUUCACUUAUCCGUGUAAAUACAGAAGGUUUGCUUGCUUCGCAGCUUUUGUAGCUGAAUGAACUGAUUCCUAUUUGAGUACUUCCAGAUACUAGAGGACCCCCACUGUCCCCUUUACAGAUACUGGUUUGGC